UGGGGGGAGAUCGCCAGGUGAACAGACAGGGCCCCGGCGGUACCUGACGCCACGGGGUGCACGGGCAGCGCCGGCUCCCGGAGGAGCUUGUGUUCGGGCGCCGGGGACCUGUGGCUGGUGCAGCGGAGUCGGGGAGAGACGCGUCGAUUAGGACCCUCGGACCCCGAGCCUUGCUCAGGGGAAGGAGCAGGCGGUCGCAGAGGCGGAAAGAGUGGAAUGGGGAUGUCAUGCAGGAGUCAGCCGCAGUGUGGCUGUAAUGACUGCUUUUCUGAUGAAGACUGACCAACUUACCUUUGAAAAAGCCUAUGAAAACCUCCAGACUAUCAAACCAGAGGCCAAGAUGAAUGAGGGUUUUGAGUGGCAACUGAAAUUAUACCAGCUCAUGGGAUGCGAAGUCGAUACCUGUAGUGCAAUUUAUAAGCAAUAUCGUUUGCAAAAGGUUACAGAGAAGUAUCCGGAGCUGCAGAGCUUACCUCAAGAACUCUUUGCUGUUGACCCAACCGUGGUUUCACAAGGAUCGAAAGAGGAGGUUCUCUACAAAUGUAGAAAGUGCAGGAGGUCUUUAUUUCGAAGUUCGAGCAUUUUGGAUCAUAAUGAAGGAAGUGGCUCCAUAGCCUUUGCCCACAAGAGACGGGCACCGUCCCUCGUGCCUGUCACGGGGAGUCGGGCUCAGUGCACAUCCUAUUUCAUUGAACCUGUGCAGUGGAUGGAACCCGCCCUGCUGGGAGUGAUGGAUGGGCAGCUUCUGUGCCCCAAAUGCAAUGCCAAGUUGGGUUCUUUCAAUUGGUAUGGUGAACAGUGCUCCUGUGGUAGAUGGAUAACCCCUGCUUUUCAAAUCCACAAGAAUAGAGUGGAUGAAAUGAAAAUGCUGCUGGUUCUGGGAUCACAAACGAGAAAAAUGUGAACUUGUGACAUUUGAUAUCUGAAAAAGAAACUUGCUGGAUGGUACAUGCUACUUGCUUCUCAUCGUUCACACGGCGUCCUGGUGUUUAGACUGUCAGCGUUUCAUUUGAAAUGUGAGAAGAUGCACUCACUUGAUGUGCCUUGGACACUGUUUAAGUAUUAAGACUACUUUAUAUGGAAAUAAAAACUUUCUUCCUUCUAAAUCCUUA